AUGGACAAAUUAUUUUGCUUGAAAGCAUUAAAUCUGUCCACUAAAUCAUAUGUGCUGGAGGCAGAGAAUCUAUACCUGACAGCCCCCGCGACCGCGCGCCUCCUCGCCCCGCCGCCGCGCGCCAACAACGACAACAGCGACGCGGUGGGGGCGCCGGACCGCCUGGUGGCGGCCGUCGCCUACCUCUACCCGUUCCUCGACGGCGCGCACCACGGCCGCUUCCUCGUGGCCCAGUACCCGGUCUUCAACGCCGUGCUCAGCCCGCUCGGCCCGGCCGCGCGCCUCUUCCACUCCUCCCCGCUCACGCCCUUCCUCCUCUUCAUCACCCUCUACUUCGCCGUCGUCCGCAACCAGCAGGCCUUCUCCCGCUUCGUGCGCUUCAACGCCAUGCAGGCCGUCGCGCUCGACGUCCUGCUCAUCGUCCCGGACCUCCUCGCGCAGUCCUUCGCGCCCUCGGGGGGCGGCAUCGGGCUCGACAUCUUCACCAGCCUGGAGAACACCGUCUUCCUCUUCCUGCUCGUCUCCCUCCUCUACGGCGGGGGCGCCUGCCUGCUCGGGAUCACGCCGCGCCUGCCCAUCGUCGCCGACGCGGCCGAGCGCCAGGUGAUGUGAGACUUGCUCCAAUCUUACCCACCACAAAGGGAAACGGAAUCUGAUACACCCGAACAUCUCCAUGGUUCAUUGAUGUUUUUGAAUCUUAAUUCACAGGUUUAGUAUAGUACAGUCGUUGUUACGCAUUUAGUUGUAAAUUCAAUGGAUGGAAUCAUGAAAGGCUGAUACAAUGGCAUUAUAGAUCACUCCAGUGUAUGACAAAUCAGUUGAAUUGUUAUUAUAGCUUUCGUUCGAUA